AUGGCUGCUGAUAUGUUGUGUCUUGAACUCCUCUCUUCUUUCACACCCCAUUCUCUCAAAUAUGUGGUUACGUAUCUACCCCCAGAUUCUGCUAAGACUGAUGAUGAUACCGUGUUUGAUGCAAUUUUUGAAAUCUGCCUUUCGUCUCCUAAAAUCAUAAUUGUGGAUGACUUUAAUGUUGACAUGAAUAAACAUAGUAAUUCCAUCACUGAAUGCUUCAAAACGUUAUUGGAAAGUUGUGAUCUAGCUCAAAACAUUCAUGCUGCCACUCAUUUACGUUCCAUUCUCGACCUCGUUCAUUUUUCCGGAUCUAGUAUCAGUGAUAUCGAAAUUCUGCCUCCCUUUGCCAAUUCCGAUCAUAAUGUUGUUUCUUUCAAGUUCGACUUUAAUCCCGACAAACCCCUCUAUCUGCCCUUGCCAGAUUUCAGUCGUAUAAACUAUUCCGAGUUGUGCAAAUUUCUCGCUCGUGUGGACUGGCUGGAAGUUUUCGAUAACAAUCAGUCGGUUGCAGAAAUGUAUCGCCGUUUCUGCCUAGUGAUGUACGAUAGUUUAGCCAAGUUUGUCCCGCUGAAGUUUAACAUGAAUUGUGUACUUACUUAUCCCUUGCAAUCUAAUCAAUCAAAAAAAUCGACUCUUCUACCAACUUGA